CCGGAAACAACGUUGAUAGGGAAGAAAGCUUAGCAUGUCAAUGUUUCCGAGAAUAUAAAAUACAGUUUUUAGCUACCUGCAUGGCACUUAGGUUACCUGUUGUUAAGAAACGAUGUUGAAGUUUAAAUAUGUGAGUCAGGGAAGCCUGAAAACGAUGUCUUCCUCCUCGGACCCCAUCACCAUCCGCUGCUCACGACUCAAUCAGGUGUUUCAGGGCCGAGUGGGCCUGAGUGGGCAGCAGGGAGGAUGCACUUUAGGUCGGGAAGAGUUUCUGGAGGCUCUCCUGCUGCUGUACCAAGAGUGCAGCUCACCAGAGUUGAUGAAGAUACACCAUGUGGCAAAUUUUGUCAAGAAGUUUUCUGAGGUGGUCUCUGAGCUGCAAUCCCUGCAGCCUUUGCUUCAUGACUUUGAAGUGUGCGGUGUGGUUGGUCGUGGGUACUUUGCUGAAGUCAAAGUAGUCCGGGAGAAGGCUACUGGGGAUGUUUGUGCUCUGAAAAUUAUGGACAAGACACUCUUACGCACUCAAGAAAAUGUGGUUUUCCAUGAAGAGGAGCGGAGGAUUCUAGCUCUGAACAGCAGUCCAUGGAUCCCUGAGCUUCUCUAUGCCUUCCAGGAUAAAGAUAAUGUCUACCUGGCGAUGGAGUACUUGCCAGGCGGCGACCUGAUGUCCCUGCUGAACCGAUACGAGGAUCAGUUUGAUGAGUCUAUGGCCCAGUUUUAUUUGGCUGAGCUGGUGGAGGCCAUUCAUGCUGUUCACCUGCUUGGAUACGUCCACAGAGAUGUCAAACCAGAGAACGUUCUCAUCGAUCGGACGGGUCACAUUAAGCUGGCAGACUUCGGAUCAGCUGCCAGGCUGACUGCUAACAAAACAGUUGCUGUUUCCACUAUGCCUGUUGGGACUCAGGACUUUUUGUCGCCCGAGGUUCUGGGAGCUAUGAAUGGGGGCUCCAACAACUCCUAUGGUGUUGAAUGUGACUGGUGGUCUCUUGGAGUCAUAGCCUAUGAGAUGAUUUAUGCAAGGUCACCCUUUUCUGGUGGCACUUCUGCAAAGACAAUCCACAACAUUCUCAACUUUCAGCGGUUCCUUAAGUUUCCAGAGGAGCCUCGAGCCAGUAAGCAGUUUGUAGACCUGCUGCAGCGAUUGCUCUGUGGAGCUAAAGAGCGCCUGGGUUUCCAGGGACUCCGCUGUCACUCUUUCUUCUCUGGUGUAGACUGGAACAAUUUAAGACAAGUUCUCCCGCCUUUUGUUCCUGCAUUGCAUGCUGAAGAUGACACCUCUAAUUUUGAGGAGCCGGAGCAGGCAGCCCCCCGGCCAGCCUCAGCAGCCCAGCGAGGAGCUCUUCCAGCGGGCUUCCAGGGCAAGGAUCUGCCUUUUUUAGGCUGGUUCUUCAGUAGAGCGUUGACGACAUUGGCCAAAACUGAGGCAGUGUCGGCAGCCCUCAACUCUCCUGCGAAGACCAACUCCAUGGAAAAGAAAUUACACAUUAAAAGCAGAGAACUACAAGACACUCAAGACAAAUGUCACAAGAUGGAGCAAGAGAUCUCCAGGUUCCAGCGUAAAAUGACUGACCUGGAGUCAGUUCUCCACCAGAAGGAUGUGGAGUUGAAGGCGUCUGAGACUCAGAGGGGCAUUCUGGAGCAAGACCUAGCCACCUACAUUACCGAGUGCAGUAGCCUCAAGCGCAGCUUGGAGGAGGCACGUGUGGAGGUCUCCAGAGAGGAUGACAAGGCCUUGCAGCUGCUGCACGACAUCCGUGAACAGAGCAACAAGCUGCAGGAAAUUAAAGAGCAAGAGUACCAUGCCCAGCUGGAGGAGAUGCAGGUGACCAUCAGGCAGCUGGAGGAGGACCUGUCAGCCGCUCGCCGCCGCAGUGAUCUUUACGAAUCUGAACUUCGAGACUCCAGGCAAACAAGUGAGGAACUCAAAAGGAAAGCUGUUGAAUACCAGCAGAGAAUCCAAAAGGCUAAAGAGCAGGGAAAAGCUGACGUGGAAGAACUUCUCUCCAAGCUAGAGAAGACCAAUUCUGAGCAGCAGGUGAAAAUCCAGGAGCUGCAAGACAAACUGUCCAAGGCAGUGAAAGCGAGCACAGAAGCCACUGAGCUGCUGCAAAAUGUUCGACAGGCAAAAGAGCGACUGGAACGAGACCUGGAGCGCCUGCGAGGCAAAACCGACUCCAGUGACACUUUAAAACGUCGCCUGAGGGAGACAGAGGAGGGCAGGAAGACCCUGGAGAACCAGGUAAAGAGGCUGGAGAUGGUCGAGCGGCGGGAAAAUAAGCUGAAAGAUGACAUUCAGACCAAAUCUCAGCAGAUCCAGCAGAUGGCUGAAAAGAUCCUGGAACUAGAGGAGAACCUGAGGGAUGCACAGUCGACCGCCCAGAGGAUGGAAACUCAGCUGACUCAGAAGGAGCGGCUUUUUGAAGAUAAGAUCAAGGUUCUGGAGGCUCAGAUGAAGACUGACCUGGCUGACAAGGAGAGCCUGGAGGUCAGAAGAGCCCAGCAGGAAGAGGAGUCAAGAGAGAACUGCAAACUCAUCAGUGAACAGAAAGCAACCAUUAAUGCUAUGGAUUCCAAGAUGAAGAACCUCGAGCAGCGCAUUGCUGAGCUGUCAGAGGCUAACAAGCUGGCCGCCAACAGCAGCAUCUACACCCAGAAGAAUAUGAAAGCCCAGGAGGAGAUGAUAUCAGAGCUUCGGCAACAAAAGUUCUAUUUGGAGUCUCAGGCAGGAAAGCUGGAGGCCCAAAAUGCCAAGCUGGAGGAGCACCUGGAGAAGAUGAGUCAGCAGGAGCAGACCAAGAGGACCCGGCUGCUGGAGCUGGAGAGCAGGCUGCGGGAGAUGGGCCUAGAACAUGAAGAGGAGAAGCUGGAGAUCAAGAGACAGGUGUCAGAGUUGACCCUCUCCCUGCAGGAGCGCGAGUCUCAGAUUAGCAGCCUGCAGGCUGCACGUCUCGCCCUGGAGAGCCAGCUGCAACAAGCAAAGACCGAGCUGGAGGAGACCACCGCUGAGGCUGAGGAGGAAAUCACUGCCCUCAGGAAUCACAGAGAUGAAAUUCAGCGCAAGUUUGAUGCCUUAAGAGACAGCUGCUCAGUGAUCACCGACCUGGAAGAGCAGCUCACACAGCUGAGUCAGGAAAAUGCUGAGCUGAACCGCCAGAACUUUUACCUGUCGAAACAGCUUGAUGAAGCGUCGGAUGAAAGGGAGGACCAGCUGCAGCUCAGCCAGGAGGUGGACAGGAUGAGAAGGGAGGUGGCUGACCGAGAAAUGCACCUCAACAACCAGAAACAGAACAUUGAAACCCUGAAGACCACAUGCAGCAUGCUGGAGGAGCAGGUGGUGGAGCUGGAGUCCCUAAACGACGAGCUUCUGGAGAAGGAGAGGCAGUGGGAGGCUUGGAGAGGCGCACUGGAGGAUGAAAAAAGCCAAGCCGAGAGACGAACCAGAGACCUGCAGAGAAUAUUGGACAAUGAGAAGCAGAACAGGCUGCGUGCAGACCAGCGCAGCACUGAAUCUCGCCAGGCGGUGGAACUGGCGGUUAAAGAGCACAAUGCUGAGAUACUAGCCUUACAGCAGGCCUUAAAGGAGCAGAGACUGAAGGCUGAGAGUCUGUCUGAUACUCUCAAUGAUCUAGAGAAGAAGCACGCCAUGCUGGAAAUGAACGCCCGGAGCUUACAGCAGAAACUGGAGACAGAGAGAGAGUUGAAACAGAGGCUGAUGGAAGAGCAAGGAAAGCUGCAGCAGCAGAUGGACCUCCAGAAAAGCCACAUAUUCCGUCUUACCCAAGGCCUGCAGGACGCCCUGGACCAGACUGACAUGCUCAAGACUGAGCGUACCGAUCUGGAGUACCAGCUGGAGAACAUACAGGCUGUAUAUUCCCAUGAGAAGGUGAAGAUGGAGGGGACAAUCUCUCAGCAGACCAAACUCAUUGACUUCCUUCAGGCCAAAAUGGACCAGCCCACAAAGAAGAAGAAGCAGGGUAUAUUCGGUAGGCGUCGAGAGGAUGUGGGCACCACGACUAACGGCUCGCUGGCUCCACAGGCUCAGCCAGCUGUUCCCAUGCAGUACGGUGACAUGAAACUGGCUCUUGAGAAGGAGCGCUCAAGGUGUGCAGAGCUGGAAGAGGCCCUGCAGAAGAUGAGGAUAGAGUUACGAUCCCUCAGAGAAGAAGCGGCUCAUUUCAAAGCCCAGGAACAUAUGGCUCCUUCCACGCCGGCUCAGGCUCGACAUCAAAUCCUAAUGUCAGCUAUUGUCAAAUCUCCAGAACAUCAACCCAACCCCAGCAGCCUUCUCAACCCCUCCACCCGCUGCAAGGAGACCUCCACCCCUGAGGAAAAGAGGAGGGUCACCUUUGAAAAGUUUGGUCGUCGUGUAAAGGAGAGAAUGCACCAUAACAUCCCUCAUCGCUUCACUGUGGGCCUGAACAUGAGGGCUGCCAAAUGUGCCGUCUGCCUGGACACUGUGCAUUUUGGACGACAGGCUGCCACUUGUCUAGAGUGUCACACCUUGUGUCACCCUAAAUGCUCACCAUGUCUGCCGGCAACCUGUGGACUGCCAGCCGAGUAUGCUACUCAUUUCUCAGAGGCUCUGUGCAGAGAAAAGGCAAACUCUCCAGCACUGCAGGUCAAAGAGGCCAGUGGGCAUGUCCGCCUGGAGGGAUGGAUGAAGCAACCUAGGAAUGGAAAACGAGGUCAGCAGGGCUGGGAGAGGAAAUAUGUGGUGCUCGAUGGAACCAGAGUAUCCAUCUAUGACACUGAGCCCAGAGAAGAUUGUAUUAAAGCUGAGGAUGAGUUUGAGCUUUGCCUGCCUGAUGGAGAGGUGACCGUUCACGGAGCUGUCGGAGCCUCUGAGCUCAUCAACACCGCUAAGUCAGACAUCCCGUAUGUGUUGAAACUGGAGUCACAUCCCCACACCACCUGCUGGCCAGGCCAGUCGCUCUUUUUCAUGGCUCCUAGCUUCCCUGACAAGCAGCGCUGGGUGGCUGUCCUGGAGUCUGUGGUGGCCGGCAGCCGGGGAUCCAGAGACAAAGUUGAUGCUGAUGCUGCAGGUGUUUCUAAAAGGCAGAAGAACCUUUCCCCUCUGGUUCAGAAACUUCUGGGCAACUCUCUGUUGAAGCUGGAGGGUGAUGACCGCCUGGACAUCAACUGCACUCUGCCUCUUACUGACCAGAUUGUGUUGGUUGGCUCAGAGGAGGGUCUGUAUGCUCUCAACGUCAUAAAGAACUCUUUGACCCACAUCCCCGGCCUGACCUCCGUCUUUCAGAUCCAGGUCUUGAAGGACCUCGAUAAGCUUCUGAUGAUCACUGGAGAGGACAGGGCCUUGUGUCUGGUGGAGAUCAAGAAGGUCAAACAGUCUUUGUCUCAGUCCCACCUCCCCGCUCCACCUGACCUGAACCCCUUCAUCUUUGAGACAGUCAAGGGAUGCCACCUCUUUUCCUCUGGAAAGAUAGAUAAUGGCAUCUGUAUCUGUGCUGCUAUGCCGAACAAGAUCACAAUCCUGAGACACAAUGAAAGCCUGAACAAGUUCUGCAUCAGAAAGGAGAUCGAGACAUCCGAGCCCUGCAGCUGUAUCCACUUCACUGGAUACAGUAUUAUUAUCGGCACCAACAAGUUCUAUGAGAUUGAGAUGAAGCAGUAUGUACUGGAAGAGUUCCUUGAUAAAAACGAUGUGACGCUAGCUUCAGCUGUCUUUGCCGCGUCCUCCCACAGCUUCCCUAUCUCCAUCAUCCAGGUCACCACGGCUCCACAGAAAGACGAAUACCUGCUCUGUUUCCAUGAGUUUGGUGUGUUUGUGGACGCAUAUGGCCGCAGGAGUAGAAGUGAUGACAUCAAAUGGAGCCGCCUGCCUCUUUCAUUUGCCUAUAGAGAACCAUACCUAUUUGUGACCUAUUUCAACUCUCUGGACGUUAUUGAAAUUCUGGGACAUGCUGCUCUUGGACCCCAUUCAUACGCACACCUGGAUAUUCCCAAUCCACGCUACCUUGGCCCAGCCAUCUCCUCCGGGGCCAUCUACCUGGCUUCUUCCUACCAAAACAAACUGAGGGUCAUUUGCUGUAAGGGCAAUCUGGUCCAGAGUCAAGAGGGUGUAGGAGACCUGCAGCGGAACGACUCCGGUCGCAGCCCCAACAAGCGUGGGCCUCCCUCCUACAAUGAGCACAUCUCUAAAAGACUGGCAGCCAAUCCCAUGGUUCAUGGAGACCCGGGCACACCUCACCGCUACAGAGAGGCACGCACAGAGUUUCGACAGGACAAGUCCCCGAGCCGUCCGCUGGAGAGAGAGAAGUCUCCAGGCAGGAUGCUGGAGAGUCGGAUAGUUGGGUCUCCGGGAAGGGCCAUGGCUGACCCCCGGUUAGAGCGUUCCCCAGGAAGGGCCAUGGCAGACCCUCGCAUGGACCGCUCCCCUGGACGAAUGAUGGAGGUUCACAGGGAGAGAUCCCCCGGACGAUAUGAAGAGCGCCAAAGACUUCAUACUGGCUCUGGUCGCACGCCCAUAAACCCUGUCAACAAGGUUUGGGAUCAAUCAUCUGUUUGAGAGUCAGCUGAGUCACAUCCUGGGAAAGGGAAAAAGAUGGAGCAGAAAAACCAGUGAGAAGGUCACCUACUCAUGAUGAAACACUGCCACACAUCAGUUUUGUCUGACAAACCCACACGGAGGAAAAACAAUGUAGCAGUCACAGCAAAGAGAGAAAUAAAUUGAUGUCAUUAGAGUCAGGUUAUUUUUCUCAUUGAACCAAUCCGAGUCAAUAAAGGUCAACAAAAUGCCAUAUUUAAAAACUUUGAGCAGGGUUUUUUGCCAUGUAUUUAAGGAUGUAGAUGGGAUUAGAUAAGACUUUUUUCCAAAGUGAAAUAUGGGAUAGGAGUUCUCAACUUGAGACUGUCCUCAGUGGGUUUUGCUAGGUUUAAGAUAACUCCAGACAGUAGUGACUAUGAUAGAAAAGCACAGCCGUAGCAACCUUAUCUUACAAGUUGAUGCCUAAAUAUUUACAAAGUGAGUCACAAGCGAAGAGAGGUUCACUCGAAAUAGUAUUAAUACAUCCAGCCUUGUUUCAUGCUCUGUACACAUUAGCUACAGAUCAGGGCAGGAGAGUUCUGUACAUCUAAAAGCAUUUCUGGCUCCAGCCAUGCGCCGACAUGUCAACACACAAUCAUUACCAGCUGAUUACAAUCAUUCUCCACUGAUAUCUCAGUCUGAGGUUUGUUAUUGAGACCUGACCUGGCUGGAGCACAAAUACAUUUAAAUAAUAUUGAAGUACAUGAGCCCUGUCUGCCCUGUUGAACCACACACCCGAUGAUUGUCCGCCCUGGGAUAGGUUGACACUAAAAAGAAAAGAAAAAAGAAGAAAAAAAAAAGAUGCACUACCCACAAUCCUCAGCAGGACUUUCUAAUCCUUCAGAACGUUAUCUGACUGUAAAUAGACGAGACAUAAUUUUAUAUAUAUUGAGAAGGAAUUUCAAGGCUGGAUAAGCCAUGUCUAUUUUUGUUAAAGAAAAAAAAGUGAUUACGUGUCCUCUCGAAUGUCGGAUAAAUAUUCUUUUAACAUGUUCAAACAUUCUUUAUCAAGUGAGUGAUUGUAUCUGGAUCCUACUCGUGUAUGCACUUCCAUCCGUCUAAGGCCAAACCUCAGUGCUGAACUAAAUGACCAGAGAAAAAAAAGAAUCAUGUUUGAAGGUUACACGUAGUAAUUGAGCAUUUCUUUUUGUACAAUGUCCCCUAAUAUUGUAUAUAGCCCAAAAUUGUGCAAGGUGAAGAUGAAAAUAAUCUUUGUUUUUAUUCCUGAUUCGUAAACGGCAUGGAUAUGUAUAUCUGAAAUGAAAUGGAGUGUUGUCUUCCGCUUCAGCCUAAUCUGGGUUAUAUUUUUAGUCCACCAUCUAACAGCGAAGCACGUGAAUAACAUCUCCUUCCUUUUAACUCUUACAAAUUUGCACAGCAAGUUCCUAUGAGUAUAGUUACACUCUUUCUUUUACCCAGGCAUUCUUGGCAUGUUCCAACAGCCAGUCCAACCGUAAAAGUUGCUUAAGUCAGUCCAAAUAUAUCUUUACUUUCACUGUCAACAUGCCAACAACUGAAAUAGUGGAUGAUAUGUAUAUACAUCAUCUUCUGAUCAACGGAAUUAAAACAUUUUGGUGGUUUUUAGUCAUGUUUUUUCUGAUGACACAUGCUGAGCGUGUCUCUUAACAGUUGUAUGCUCAAUAGAGGGUCAAGGACUUCUUCGACAUCGAGGGUUAAUUUAAGACAUAAAUAUAUCUUCCUGAAUGUAUUCAAGCCAAGAAGAUGGAGCUGUUUAAUUAAUCUAUUGAAAGCACUCAGUGCUACAGAUUGCACAAGUUUCCCACUGGUCUCUAUAAGAUUCUAUAAAAAAAGGAUUUCUCAUCUUCAAAUUUUAUUUUUUUAUUCUUUUUAACUUGAUUUUUCUGUUCACAUGAUCCAGAAUCAUAAUGCUGUAACGCUGGAUAUGAUAUUGAUGUCUGCUAACAAAUGUUUUAUUAGCGUUCCCUGUAGAGAUUUUUGUCACAGAAUAUUAAAUAUUAUAACCAUUGUCUUUCA